AUGGGCUUCAUUGACAAAGUGGCCAAGCAGAAAUUUCAUCCAGGGAGACUUCCACGGUGGCGGUUCAUUUUUCUUUCGCCGUCACGCUCUCAGCAAGACGCUUUCGACCACAUAGAGGGAGGAAAAAAAGCUCGGCGGGGGGCGGGCGAGGCCCCCUCCGUCUGGCGAUUGCAGAGACCCUGCGGGCAGCGAAAGGCGAAAGUUCUCGGAGAGGCGCCGCGGGGUGGGCCGCCGAACGGUCGCUUUCUCCCGCUAAAAAGAAAGGUGCAUUUCCUUCGCGCCUCGGGUGCUUGUAAAACGCGGGCCGCCUGCCGGUCCCGAUCCGCCCUGUGCGCCGUCGGAGAUCUCUUAGCCGCCGACUUUUCCCACGCGUGGGACCGUUUGGUGGCAACUCUUCCUUCUAAUACGCGUGAUGCCCGCGCCGGACGAAGUGGGAAGGGGUGCCGCUCUUGCGCGGGGAACAAAAAACCCCACCCUCCCCCGAAGUUCCCGGAGCCCUUGAUCUCUGGACCUCGUCCCUGGGAACACUUGCACCGGAGGCAACUUGAAGUAGCAUCAAGAUUUUCAAAUACUCAUAGCAAUAUACAAAACGGUGAGAACUUGGACAGUGUACGUGGCAAAAACGUGGCAAUGACGAAACAGUCAAAGCAAACCUUUUCAACAUUUUCUUUGGCUCAGUUUUUGUUAACUCCGAUAACAUAUAUCCGACAUUCCACAAACGAACCAGCAAUGACUAUGAUGAUUUAACUCAUAUAGACUUCACAGAAGACAACGUUGGAAAAGCUCUUCACAACUUAAAACCAUCGCUUUCUAUCGGACCCAAUGGACUAUGUGCAUUCUUCUUAAAAAAACUUUCCAUUAAUAUAGCAGAACCCCUAAGUAUUAUCUUUGAUAAAGCUUUCACUACCAGUUCUCUUCCCAAACUUUGGUCACUAGCCACAGUCAUCCCUAUCUUCAAAAAAGGAGACCUCAGCUCAGUCGAAAACUACAGACCGAUCUCCCUUUGCUGUGUCACCUGCAAAGUCAUGGAAUCUAUCAUCAACCAAUCCAUUACCUCACACUUAGAAACUAACAACCUACUCUCCAACAAACAAUUUGGUUUCAGGAAAAAAUUAUCAUGUAACUUACAACUUCUCCACUGCAAAAACAUAUGGACUUCAAAUCUCAAUCAAGGCAAAACAACAGAUGCAAUCUACAUAGACUUCUGCAAAGCUUUUGACUCAGUAGUACACGAUAAACUUCUCCUAAAACUAACAUCCUAUGGCAUCUCAGGACCCCUCCACAAAUGGAUAUCUGCUUUUCUGUCUAACAGACAACAAGUGGUCAAAAUUGGCAAUGCUUUAUCAAAUCCUGUUCCUGUCAAGAGUGGCGUUCCUCAAGGCAGCGUCCUUGGACCAACACUCUUUAUACUAUACAUUAA